ACAUGAAAUAGGCUUUUGUGUUUGCAAAGGGGUAAAGAGGCGGAAAAGAGAGAGGCUCUGAACUGGCUUCCAUGUCAUACACUUAAAUUCUCCAUAGAAACUCUGAUCUUAACGCGGAAACUUUAUUAAACCCUGAUGGUGGAUUGAUAAGACCGAAUUUCUCUCGGCUUGAUUUUAUUGUGGAGACCGGGGAGGGAUGACAGAGGUAAAUUGCUAUUUUAAUUAAAGCAAUGCACCAGAGGAAAUUGCUGUCUGAAUAUUGUCUCAGAGAUGGGGUUUGUGACAGUUGCCUGGAAACUUCAAUCUGUCCCACAUUUAUUCCAGAUCACAGUUAUAAGAUAAAGUUUAAUACAAAUCUUUGCCCGAAUGAAAUCCAACCCUUUCUUGAACAACAGCUACAAUGAAACAGAACUGCGGAGGAAACGUUAUGUUUAACAUGUAUCUCUCAGAUCCAACAGAACAUCUGUUGAAAGAAAGCAAAAGUGGAUCCUGGAGUCCCUCAAAUACAGGGGCUCAAAAAGGUAGUGGACAGAUUCAGCUAUGGCAGUUUCUCCUCGAACUCCUGUCAGACAGCGCCAACAUGUCCUGCAUUACCUGGGAAGGGACGAACGGAGAAUUCAAGCUAAUUGACCCUGAUGAGGUGGCCCGGCGAUGGGGCGAGCGCAAAAGCAAGCCCAACAUGAACUACGAUAAACUCAGCCGCGCAUUGCGGUACUACUACGACAAAAACAUCAUGACAAAGGUCCAUGGGAAGCGAUAUGCUUACAAAUUCGACUUUCACGGCUUGGCACAGGUGUGUCAACCCUCAACAACAGAGCAAGCGCUUUAUAAAUUCCAGAGUAAUUUUGCCCCUAUUCCUUUUUCAGGGAUUUCCAAGCUAAGCCUCGUUGGUCCAGGCGUUGGUCCGUCCGGAUUCUCCUAUUGGCCGGGUUCGCCACCCACUCUCUACCACAGUCACAACCUCCAACCCCCGGGACCAUUUGGUGCUGUGUCCGCUUCGCACAUCAACUGUGUCAACAACAUCAACAACCUGAAUAAUAUCAAUAACCACUACAAUUGACUACUAUUAAUCCACCAAUGAGGCCUAAUCAUAAUUAUUGAUGGUUGAUGUAAUUUAAAGCGUGCCUUUUGGAUUAGGCCUAAUGAUGAUUUUUCCUUUCGAAAUGUUAUCUUGUGAACCCAAGACAUUGUCUGAUCCUAACUGAAUAUGCCAAGGCGCAAUUCAUUAAACAUUUUGUGCAAUAUUUCAAAUGUAAUAACAUGCGUUUUCAGAUAGGCUAUGUAUUUUAGACUAAACCCAGAUUAAGAACCCUUUUCUUUACAAUUUAUUUGGUCUUUGAUUCGACAGGACACUGGUGCCUACACCUCUGAAAUUGCCUGGGCUUUUAGCGCCAUCACGUGGCUAUUAAUUAAACAUAUAAAUACGGAAUUGUUCUCAGAUAGGUUUGCAGUGCACUAAUUUCAAAGUAGGAUUAUUAGUGCCGGUCUAAAAACAUUAUGGAGAUAAAGAUAUGUCGUCGCCAAUAUAUUCCCCAAUGACUCCCACUUUAGAUAGCCUUGGUUAUUUGAAGGUUCCAAUGCAGACGUGUUUAUCUCAAUAUCAAAUCAUUUCUGGGUAACUAUUAAGUACCUGUCUUUGUUUUCAAUUCAAAUGGUCAAAAAGAAGAAAAUAGCAAUGAGUAAUUUCUCAAGCAAGAAUUUUGUUAGUACUGUCUGGGAGUGGUCUGAGUGGGGAGGGGAAAACGGAACAUUAGCUGUUAUUGGCAGAGAGGUUUUGAACUCUCUUUCAUUGCAGACCCUGGUUUGAUUCCAGGCUGUAUCACAACCGGCUGUGAUUGGCAGUCCCAUAGGGCGGCGCACAAUUGGCCCAGCGUCGUCCGGGUUUGGCAGGGGUAGGCCGUCAUUGUAAAUAAGAAUUUGUUCUUAACUGGCUUGCCUACUUAAAUAAAGGUUAAAUAAAAAUAAAUACAUUCCUGUUGGUUGGUCUAUUAACUCAUUUAGCGCCUGGUGAUGUCACCAGGUAGGCCAAUACUCCAUCCCACCAAACAGACUGACAUUUCAGUUGGUCUUUUCAAACAGCUCUUACACUAAAAGGGCAUUAUCCUAAUUUUCACAAUUUAACAGUAAUAUUCCAACCUCAUAGUGUGGAAUAUAUUUAUAUAUAUACAUAUAAAAACACAUGAAAUCACGUUUUUGACUGCACUGGGCCUUUAAGCCUACUUUAGACAUACACAUGCAGUCUACGAUACAGUACAGUGCAGAUACAGUCCUUUAGUUUUGACAACAACCACGUUUGUUUUUUCCUUUUAUACGUUUUAUUUUGACAUUUUAUGCAUGAAAAAAGCAAUAGAUUAUUUAAGUAUAAUUUUAAACCUUUUAGAAAUUAUUUAUUUGAAAUUGUAGGCUAAAAAUGCCAGUUGAUAUCAUGAAUGAAAUUGUGCCAUGUUAUUUUACAUAGGCCUACAUUUAAUUUAGCCGAAUUAUCACAUAACUGUAUGAAAAUGUUUAUAAGUCCGUCAACCAUGUUGUAUAAAAGCAUCAUCCUCA